UGCUUCGAUCCCUCUCUCUCUCUUGCCCUGACCGUGCCCGUUGCUCUGUUGUUGCUGCAGGUGAUCUGCUACGUGCUGCAGGGACGGAUGGAUGAGGCCAGGCAAAUGCUGGCCAAGCAGGCAAGCCAGCAGCCAGCAGCCAGAAGCAUGUUCAAAACCCUGGACAGCCUCAUGAAGAAAAUGCCAGUCUUCAAUCCGGCUGGCAGUCAGACGCUGACGGAGUUUGAUUUGAAGUGGAGGCACUGGCACGAGGAGUGUGAGCUGCACUUGCAGGAUGGGUCCUUCAGCUCCAACUCCAACCUGGAGACAAUCUGCAAGAUUCUUCUAGGUCAUGAAGAGACUCUGCUGAACCAGAAGGAGCAGCUUUCCACUUGGUACCACCUCCUUGUGAGCAGACUUCUGUACACACACCCCUCUGUGAAACCCACAGAGCUCCACUACUACGCACAGUCCAGCAUGGAUUUGUUCCUGGAUAACCGGAGUGCCCCUGAGCCGCUGGACAGCAUCCUCCUGGCUGCCUUCGAGUUUGACAUUCACCAGGUCAUCAAGGACUGCAGCAUUGCUCUCAGUAACUGGUGGUUUGUAGCCCAUUUGACAGACCUGCUGGACCACUGCAAACUCCUGCAGUCCCACAACCUUCACUUUGGCUCCAAUCUGAGAGAGUUCCUCCUCUUGGAAUAUGCGUCGGGGCUGUUCACACAUCACAGCCUGUGGCAGCUGGCAGUGGAUUACUUCGAUCACUGCCCGGAGUUUGGGAGGAUAUACCUGGAGCUGCAAAUCGAGAGGGUUCCCCUGGACACAGAACGCAAGGCCCUCAAGGUGCUGCGGAUCUGUGAGCAGAGGCAGCUGGCAGAGCAAGUGCGCAGCAUCUGCAAGAUCAUGGCGAAGAAAGCCGUGCGAAACAACCGGCUGGGCUCGGCGCUGUCCUGGAGCAUCCGAGCUAAAGACGCUGCCUUCGCCACCCUCAUCUCCGACAGGUUUCUGCAGGAUUAUUGUGCUCGGGGCACCUUCUCUGACCUGGACCUCAUCGACAAUCUGGGGUCUGCCAUGCUGCUCAGCGACCGGCUCACCUUCUUAGGGAAGUACCGCGAGUUCCACAAGCUGUACGGAGAGAAGAGGUUCGCUGAGGCUGCCAAGCUGCUGCUGUCGCUCAUGACGGCCAGAAUUGCCCCCCGUAGCUUCUGGAUGACCCUCCUUACUGAUGCACUGCCCCUGCUGGAGCAGAAACAGGUGAUAUUUUCAGCAGAUCAAACGUACGAGCUGAUGCACUGCCUGGAGGAGCUGACGUCAGGCAAGACUGAGCCCAGUGACAAAUGUACCGUUCAGGAGGAAGAUAUAGAAACCACCAAAGUGGAGCUUCUCCGCCUUGCGUUGGCACGGAACCUGGCUGCAGCCAUCGUAAAGGAGGGGACAGUGGACUCCUUAUAAACACAAACCAACUUUUCUACAUUUUACAAAACCUGUAUAUAAAGCCCAGCCGCAUCUUUUUUCAGAAAUAAAUAAAUGCAGGAUGCCUUCUUA